AUGUCGAAAAGCACAGAUUCUGGCGUCGUUACCAAGGGCGAUCUUCGGGGCCCAUCCAGUUCCCUCAAAAGCUCCCGUCACGAGUACACCUCAGACACACAAACAACAGAACUGGUGCAAGAACAACCCAAGAGAAGUUGGCGUUCUUACGUCUGGGAUACAUUGGACAAGUCUCCCCAAGAAAGGCGCUUCCUCUUCAAGCUUGACGCGGUGAUUCUGACUCUGGCCUCCCUCGGAUACUUCAUCAAGUAUCUUGACCAAGUCAACAUCACAAAUGCCUUCGUGUCCGGAAUGAAGGAAGAUUUGAAGCUGUUUGGCAAUGAGUUGAACUAUAUGCAGACUUGCUGGACGGUUGGAUAUGUCAUUGGCGAAAUUCCAAGCAACAUCUUGUUGACUCGUAUCCGGCCGUCUAUCUGGAUCCCGGCUUGCGAAGUUGUAUGGGCUAUUCUGACCAUUUUGCUCGCCAAAUGCAAGACGACAACUCAAGUCUACGUCUUGCGUUUCUUCAUCGGUCUCGCCGAAAGUGUAUUCUACCCGGGCAUGCAAUACAUUAUCGGCUCAUGGUACCGCAAAGACGAACUGGCCAAGCGAUCUUGCGUCUUCCAUGCCAGUGGCGCCAUAGGCACCAUGUUCUCCGGGUAUCUUAUGGCGGCAGUCCACAAGAAACUAGCCGGCGUCGGAGGAUUCAAAGGCUGGCAGUGGCUGUUCAUCAUUGACACAGUCAUCUCCCUGCCCAUCGCCAUCUCAGGCUUCUUCCUCAUGCCAGACCUGCCCGAGAUCACCAAAGCGUGGUAUUUCUCUGCGGACGAGAUUACGUUGGCCAAGGAGCGUAUGCGUCUCGAAGGUCGUGCUCCUAGAGCGCCAUACACCAAGGCCAAGUUCAAAAAGAUAUUCUCCAGCUGGCACAUCUACCUCCUCACUGCACUUUACAUCUUCUUCAACAAUGGUAACGGAGCCUCCGGCCAGCCAGCUUUCCAGCUGUGGCUCAAGUCGAAGGGACACCCUAUCACCGAAGUGAACACUUAUCCGACAAUCACGGCCGCCAUCACUGUGAUCACGACGCUCAUCUACGCCUGGACGUCUGAUACUGUGUUCCGCGGUGCUAGAUGGCCGCCCAUUGUCUUUUCGGGUCUAGUGAACAUUGUGAUCUACUCCAGUCUAGCAGCCUGGAACAUUCCUGACGGAUGGAAAUGGGCCUGCUUUUUUCUGGCGGGCUUCGGCGGAGGUAUCAGUGGACUGACGUUUGCUUGGGCGCAUGAAAUCUGCGGCGACGACAACGAGGAAAGAGCGCUGGUGACGGGCACCAUGAACGAGAUGGCCUAUGUCUUUCAGGCGUGGCUGCCCUUGCUGAUUUGGCAGCAAGUAGAGGCGCCGGUGUACCACAAGGGGUAUAUGACCUCUAUUUUUAUUGCCGUGGCAAUGAUACUUACUGCGGUCUUGGUCAGGUUUUUACAUCACAGGGAACGAGCAAGAAAGCUGCUUGCGGAAGAGCCAAAUGCUUGA